CGAGUCGCGGAGGGGGUCCUUGCGCGCAGGCGGGCGGCGAGCGCGAGGUGUCUCCUUCACUUCGCCCUCCAGCGCGGCCUUCACGCGGGUAGAAGAGGGAGGGGCGGCGGAGGCGCGCGCGGGUCUCUCUGGGUCUCGGAAAGAAGCACGUCCCUUUCCCCCCCGACUGGGCAGAUUCUCUAAAUUGGACUAGAUAGCUAUGUCUUUUAAUCCAGCAUGUCAGCGUCCAAGACCUCCAAUGGCUAUCCCGCCACCAUAUGCGGACCUUGGCAAGUCUGCCAGAGACGUCUUCAACAAAGGAUUUGGUUUUGGUCUGGUGAAAUUGGAUGUGAAAACGAAAUCUGCAAGUGGCGUGGAGUUCGCAACAGCUGGUUCAUCAAACACAGACACAGGAAAAGUGAAUGGGAGCUUGGAGACAAAAUACAAGUGGUCUGAGUAUGGUGUCACUUUCACAGAAAAAUGGAACACGGAUAACACUCUGGGAACCGAAAUGGCAAUUGAAGAUCAGCUUGCCAAAGGUUUGAAGUUGACAUUUGACACAACUUUCUCACCAAACACCGGGAAGAAAAGUGGCAAAAUCAAAUCUGCUUAUAAGCGUGAAUGUAUAAACCUCGGUUGUGAUGUUGACUUUGAUUUUGCUGGACCUGCCAUCCAUGGUACAGUUGUCUUGGGUUAUGAGGGCUGGCUUGCCGGCUACCAAAUGACCUUUGAUAGUGCCAAAUCCAAGUUGACAAGGAAUAACUUCUCUGUGGGAUACAAGACUGGAGACUUCCAGUUGCACACCAAUGUCAACGAUGGGUCGGAGUUCGGUGGCUCAAUUUACCAAAAAGUCAGCGACAACCUUGAGACUGCUGUAAACCUUAACUGGGCAGCGGGCAGCAAUAGCACUCGUUUUGGAAUUGCAGCAAAGUACCUGUUGGAUCCUACCGCUUCUAUUUCCGCAAAAGUGAACAACUCUAGUCUAGUUGGAGUUGGGUACACCCAGACCCUGAGGCCAGGUGUGAAGCUCACUCUGUCUGCCCUAAUCGAUGGGAAGAACAUCAAUGCUGGUGGACACAAACUUGGUCUUGGCCUAGAAUUGGAGGCUUAAGAGGUGUGAAGAAAGCUGCCGCAGGAAAUGGGAUAUCAGAAGAAUAUCGCCUUAAAAAUGUAUUUCCAGUGUGACCCGGGGGAGCUUUUUUUCCUACUCAGACGGAUGGCCUAGAACAAGAGCUGUAUUCAGAGUAUUUAGGCAGUUACUUGUUAGCUGGUUUUUAGUUAAAUUGGUUACCUAUCUAGUUCUCAAUUCUGCAUUAGUGCAGUCACUACAUAAUACAUUAUUUAAAUGUAUUUAACUGUUGAAUGCGCUACCCACAAAUAAUGAAAUAGACUUUAUGAAAACCUGUACACAUGUGUGCAUGUUAUGUUUCUUUUAACACGUGAUAAUAGCCAUUGAAAUAACAGAAUGGAUCAGUGGAUGUUCUGAAAAGUAAGGUCAACGGUUUUGUUAAAAUCACCUUAACUAGAAAUACUUUUGGUAUCCCAAGGCAAUUCGAAAAUUAUGAAUAAAACAAAUACACACACAUA